AUGAAAUUCGCCUCACCAAUAUUAUUCAGUCUUCUGAUUUGCCUCAAUUUCUACCUGCUUUUGAAAAUUCAGAAAAACGUGGCUGAAUCGAGAAAAUGCGAGAUUGGUGUCGAAAAUCUGGCGAACGUUUUGCGCGCUCAAAAAUCCACAAAUCUUGCUGAAAUUCUUGAAUUCGGCGGCGAAGACGGCGUGAAAAAUGACACCAAAACUGUGCAAACGCAACUUUACGCGUUGUAUUCUGGUGGUGGGCUCGGAAAUUUGCUAUUUGAAUUGACGGCACUUCGCGGUAUCGCCAGUUUGUUGACACGCCGUGCAAUUAUAAAUGUGGAUCGGAGGGAUGUUAUUGAUGUGUUGAUUGCCAAGGUUCAGCCGGUUUUUCCGAGGUUGAUUGAGCAAUUUGAAUUUAGGUUGAUUCCGGUGGGUGAAGUGCGCUCCAUUGAGAAUUUUUUGAAUUUUUCCUGAUUUUUUUUCAAAUGCGCUCUAAUGAGAAUUUUGAAUAAUUAAAGAAAAUUUGAGAUUUUUCCCGAUUUUUUGCAAGUGCGCUCUAAUGAGAAUUUUUUGAAUUUGUAAAGAAAAUUUUGAAUUUUUCCCGAUUUUUCAAAUGCGCUCCAUUGAGAAUUUUUUGAAUUUGUAAAAAAAAUUUGAGUUUUUGAAUUUUCGUGCCAAAUUUCACGUCAAAAUGUUCCUGGACUGAAAUUUUGCGCUGAAAAUCAUGAAAUUGAUGAUUUUCAGAAAUUUUCAGCAUUUCUAUGAUUUUCAGCGCGAAAUUUGGGUCUAGAACAUUUUUUCCAUGGAAAAAGUUUGAAUUUUUGAUUUUGCCGCUAAAUUUUCGUGUCAAGACAUUUCUAGACUGAAAUUUUACGCUGAAAAUUAUCAAAUUGAUGAUUUUCAGAAAUUUUCAGCAUUUCUAUGAUUUUCAGCGUGAAAUUUGGGGCGGGAACUUUUUUUGUUGGAAAAAAUUUGAAUUUUUGAAUUUUCCCGCCAAAAAAAUGAUUUUUUCCAGAUAUAUUUUUUUUUAUUAGCAAGUGCGCUCCAUUGAGAAUCUGAAGAUUUUUUGGCGGGAAAUUUGAAUUUUUCCCCGAUUUUUCAAAUGCGCUCCAAUGAGAAUUUUUUGAAUUAUUUCUAAAAAAUUUGAAUUUUUCCCGAUUUUGCAAAAGCGCUCCAUUGAGAAUUUUGAAAUAUUAAAGAAAAUUUGAAUUUUUUCCCGAUUUCUCAAAUGCGCUCCAUUGAGAAUUUCGAAAUAUUAAAGAAAAUUUGAAUUUUUCCCGAUUUUGCAAAAGCGCUCCAUUGAGAAUUUUGAAAUAUUAAAGAAAAUUUGAAUUUUUCCCGAUUUCUCAAAUGCGCUCCAUUGAGAAUUUCGAAAUAUUAAAGAAAAUUUGAAUUUUUCCCGAUUUUGCAAAAGCGCUCCAAUGAGAAUCUGAAGAUUUUUCAGCGGGAAAUUUGAAUUUUUAAAUGCGCUCCAUUGAGAAUUUGAAGAUUUUUCGGCGGGAAAUUUGAAUUUUCAAAUGUGCUCUAAUGAGAAUUUUUUGAAUUUUUUGAAGAAAAUUUGAAUUUUUCCCGAUUUUUCAAAUGCGCUCUACUGCUAACUUGGCGGGAAAACUCUAAAAUUCAAAAAAAUUUUGUCAGAAAUCCAAAAUCCGAGUUCUUGAAUCGAAUCUGGAGGCGUGCUGUAAAUUCGACGACCCGGAGCGAUUUUCGAAGAUUUCCGAUCCGAAUUUGUGGCUGCGCGGACACUAUUUUCAGGUUGGUCUGAAAUUCUGAAGGCUGAAAAUAUUUUCAGCUCAAAAAAUCUAGAAAUUCUGAAAUUUUCAGCCAAAAAUUUUCUUGCAGAGCUUCAAAUAUUUCGAUCAUUUGCGCGACAAAGUUCGAAAAUGGUUGAGGCCGAGUUUGAUGACGCAAAUUCGAGCCGAUUCGCUUUUGGAGGGCGAAUUUUUCAAGCAUUUCAUGUGGGUUACUGUAGAUUUUAUGUGGGUUACUGUAGGGAAAAAUCCACGUUUUUUGAUACCAAAUAAGUACAGUACUCCAAAUUUAAAGGAACAUAGUCAUGUUUACAUUCAAAAUAAUCCGCGAAAACGAAAAUUUUGAAUUUUUUAGCCUACAGUACUCCAAAUUUAAAGGAACAUAGUCAUGUUUACAUUCAAAAUUUCCCUAUUCUAUUCUUUGUUACAAUGAUCUCUGGCCAAAAAAACAAACAAAGAUUAUUGUUACAGUAUUUGCACACAUGUUCGACGUGGCGAUUUUACGACAGAUGGACUUCACAAACCGUCGGAUGGACGGUUUACAAGACUGGCCACCGAUUUUCUCGUCGAAGAAUGUGAGAUUUGGGCGGGAAAUUCGGAAAAUUCACGAAAUUUGGGUCCUGCCACGUUUUUCCGGGGUACUGUAGGUAGUUUUUGAGCUGAAAUCGCUACGAGACCUCAGAAUUUGGAAAAUUCGGGUCUUGCCACGAUUUUCCGGAGUACUGUAGGUGGUUUUUGAGGCGAAAUCGCUGUGAGACCUAGAAAUUCACAAAAUUCGGGUCCUGCCACGAUUUUUCGGGGUACUGUAGGUGGUUUUUGAGCUGAAAUCGCUACGAGACCAAAAAGUUCACAAAAUUCGGGUCCUGCCACGAUUUUCCCGGGUACUGUAGGUAGUUUUUGAGCUGAAAUCGCUACGAGACCUCAGAAUUUGGAAAAUUCGGGUCUUGCCACGAUUUUCCGGAGUACUGUAGGUGGUUUUUGAGGCGAAAUCGCUGUGAGACCUAGAAAUUCACAAAAUUCGGGUCCUGCCACGAUUUUCCGGGGUACUGUAGGUGGUUUUUGAACUGAAAUCGCUACGAGACCAAAAAAUUCAGAAAACUCGGGUCCUGCCACGAUUUUCCGGGGUACUGUAGGUGGUUUUUGAGCUGGAAUCGCUACGAGACCUCAGAAUUUGAAAAAUUCAAAAAAUUCGGGUCCUGCCACGAUUUUCCCGAGGUACUGUAGGUAGAUUUUAAGCUGUAAUCGCUUCGAGACCAAAAAAUUCAGAAAAUUCGGGUCCUGCCACGAUUUUUCGGAGUACUGUAGGUAGUUUUUGAGAUUAAAUUGUAUCGAGAGUGAUUUUUCGAAAUACAGUACUCAAUUUUAAAGGAACAUAGCAUUUCUUGUGGAAUUUUCAGACUACAGUAUCCUUAUAUUUAAAGGAACAUAUGAAACAUUGUUUGCAUGACAGUAGUUUAGGAACAAAAGUUUCUAGCCUACAGUACACUUUUCUUAAAGGAACAUGGUCAUUCUUGGUGUCAAAAAAUAGAGAUUUUUCAGACUACAGUAUCCUAUAUUUAAAGGAACAUAGCCCAAAUUUUUUGUAGAUCAAAAAACGCACGAAAAAGUGCACGUGGUGAUUCUUGGCAAUGAUCCAAUCUGGUCUCAAUCAAUAUUCUACGAUCGUGUCACCAAUAAAUCACUCCAGAAUUUCGCUCUCCCCUACAUUGAAAACUCCCCGCCAAAAAAUUCGCCAAAAUAUCAGGCCACAAUAACACCCACAUUGACCGCCGAAACAGAUUUGGCAUUUUCGAAUCGAUUUUGUGACGUCGUGCUGAUCACGGCGCCUUCGUCGACUUUCGGUUGGUGGCUGGCGUAUUUGGCGAAACCGGCGGCGCAGGUGUACUAUCGGAGUGUUGUUGAAUCAAGAGAUGGUGUGAUAAGGGAGAUGGUGGAGGAUGAUUUUUAUCCGCCAUCUUGGAUCAAAUUGGAAACUAGUAUGGGGGGAGAUCAAAUUAGACGGGCUAAAUUUUCAAUUGGACAUUGA